AAGAGUGUGUGUGUGUAAGUGUAUGAGGCCGUUGUACUACUAGCUCCGAUCAAGACUGACAUGACACAUUAGAUCACAUGCGAGAAAAGACGAGAGCCAGCAGAUGAAUUAAAAUCUGUUGCUCCUCCCUCUCGUUGCUCUUACGCAUCCCUGUCUGAGCCAAUCCUGUAACCUGCAUAGGAGAACAGAGGGAGCAGGAGGAGAGGAGAGGAGGAAGAGGAGGGGUAGGACCAGCAGCCUCUGGGGCUAGCAGCCCAUCGCUCAUGUCACAGCUGGGAGGGGGGAAUGGGAGGGAUGGAGGGGUGUAGGGAGGAGGAGGGAGGCGGAUGGUGAGGGAGGAGGUAAUCCAAUGAGACACAGAAAGGAGAGGCAGUGCGAGGGCAACGCCUCAGAGCACCUCCAUCCCUUUCUCUCUCUCACCCGUUUUCACUCUCUCACUCGUUUUCUCUCUGUCUAUAAGGCGUUCUGUCUCUGUAUGUAUGUGUACGAAGAGCUGCUCUCCAUUUUUAAACCUCUUUUUCCCUCGUAUUUUUUAAAUGCUUGUUAAUUUUUUACACAUUUUUCGUCUCCACUUUCCAAAGGAUGAACUGUUGACUGAACGCAGGAUUAUUUUUUGUCACUCCUGCUCUUUUAAGAGGCAUCAUCGUUCCGAGGAGUCAUCUUUGUUCUCGUACUCCCAGCUGCUGAGUGUACAGUGGCUGCUAGUCGGGAAAUAGGUUAGUGUGUCUGCUGGGUGUCAGGCAGCAGAAGUGAUUGAACGUUUAGUGUUCGGAGAGGAGUUGAAGAGGAGUGGGAUGCAUUCCUGACUGCAGCCUUCCAGUCUUGUGACCAUUAGUGGAGAAGGUGACUGGAGAUGAUUUCACUGGACACUUACCUGUGUCACUAACUACAACGUGAGCGUCAAGCCAAAAGGGAAGAAAGCCUCACGGACAAUUCAGAUAUUAAACUUUUAAAAAAAAAAUCAGUUUUCCUGUUGGUGGAGUAGCUGACUUUUUGUGUCUGCUGUGUGUUGACACCAUGGACAUCAACCUCCAGUCUCACAGGUUUUACUUCCCUCAGAUCUACUGUGCAGAGCCGGGGGCUCAGCCACAGCUUGCUGAGUUCAAAGUCAGUGAGCAGAGUAUCUGCCAGGCGCGAGCCUCCGUCAUGGUGUACGAUGACACCAGUAAGAAGUGGGUGCCCAUCAAGCCUGGACAGCAGGGAUUCAGUCGCAUCAACAUCUACCACAACACUGCCAACAACACCUUCAGAGUGGUGGGAGUGAAGCUGCAGGAUCAGCAGGUGGUAAUAAACUACUCUAUAGUUAAGGGGCUCAAGUACAACCAGGCCACUCCAACCUUCCACCAGUGGCGAGAUGCUAGGCAGGUUUAUGGCCUCAAUUUUGCCAGCAAAGAGGAGGCCACCACCUUCUCCAACGCCAUGCUCUUCGCUCUCAACGUGCUCAGUGCUCAGGAUGGAGGUCCAGCUGUCCAGCGUCAAGUCCAGAAUGGACCAACAUCAGAAGAGAUAGAAGCUCAAAGAGCAAGGCAGAUGAUGGAGCAGCAGCAGCAGCAGCAGAUGCAGGCACACAUGGAGCGAGAGCGACGGUCGUCCAACUCAGGUUCUCCUUUCCAAGGCCACCCUGCCGUGCUUUCUGUAGCUCCACCAGUAAUUCCUCCACCAAUGAACAUGGGUGGCCCACCUCCGCCUCCACCACCACCUGGGCCACCACCACCUUCAGCCGGAGCACCUCAACCAUCUCACGGAGAUGAGAAUCCUUCAGCAACUGGACUUGCUGCUAUGAUCGCCGGAGCCAAACUGCGUCGCGUUCAACGACCUGAAGACAACUCUUCGGUUCCAAAAAAUGAGGCCAACAGAACAAGUGGAGGGAGCGGCGGACUGAUGGAGGAGAUGAACGCACUGUUGGCACGGAGAAGAAAAGCAGCGGAAGACGGACAGAAUGAGGAUCCUAAUUCUCCAUCGCCCAGCACUCGCAGUGGACAGAAUGUCACAGAUGGUGUAAAAAAGCCAUGGGACCGAGCAAAUUCUGCAGACAGAUCAAUGGUUUCCAGGGUACGGCCUGUAGGCAGCGGGAGCGACACAGACUCGUUAGACCUCGAUAGAAUGAAACAGGAAAUAUUGGAAGAGGUGUUCCGUGAAUUACACAAAGUAAAGGAGGAAAUCAUUGAUGCCAUUAGACAUGAACUCAGUCGCGUUAGCACGACAUAAUCUUAUAGAGCCACUUCCCCGACAUGAACCACCUUUUGGAACCAUUGCCCCUGUAGCAGCUGCUGUGACCCUGAGGAGGAGGAGUCAGGCACAGAGGCCUAAACUGUGACGUCCACUCACUCUGUUCAUCAGUGGUGUUGAAGUAACGCAGUGGCGUUGGUUUUAACACCUUAGAAGUGUCUGUGUAACAUUUGUAUUUUUACUUUUUGACAAGGAUGUAAAUGGAGCCACACUCCUACACUCUGACUCUGAAUCCUUGACAUUUUUGCCUGUUUUCCUGUUCCUUCCUGCAUUCUCAGCCCAAAGGAAAUUUGAUCCGAUUCAUAUGAUUUUGCUGUUUUUGAUUGUUUGUUUUUAACUUUAAAAUUGUUAUUACUAUCAUUUACAUUAUAAUUACUAUCAUUUUUAUGAUUGUAAUGUUGGUAUAAGUAGUGGUAGUAUAGUGAGUACAAUGGUAACAAUGAGGAAACUAUGAUGAGACAAUGAUAGUAACAAUAAUUGUAUUAUUUGGGCACAUUUUUGUCAGCCUUUCAUAUUUUGUAUUGUUUAUCAUUCGGUUUUGCUUUAAGUACACUUGAGAGCACAUCCAUUUUUCUCAUUAAUAUACCUAAAACAUUUUUUACAGAAAGGGUUUUUAACCGUUAUGUGUGAAUCUAUGGCGGAUAGAAGAAAACAGGCUUAGACCUGAAACCAAGGGUGGAAUAAAAUUACUUUGGAUAUUACAAUCGUAAAAAAAAAAAAAAAAAAAAA